GGCCCCCGAGUUUGUGCAUGGCGAAGUCCCCGGAGAACUCUACCCUGGAGGAGAUUCUGGGGCAGUAUCAACGUAGUCUCCGGGAACGUGCAAAUAGAAGCAUUCACCAGUUGAAAUGUGCCCUGAGAGAAGGUGAUGUCACCGUUGGAGAAGAUAUGCUGGAUCCUUCUUUUAAUACCAGUGUAGGAAAUGAGGAUGCUGGAAAUGCCUGGCGUGAACUACAACACAGCCAUGCCGUUAAUCAACUCAAAGCUUUGUUGCGCCAACAAGCAACCAAGGAAAGUGAGGUAUCUCUAGGAAGACAAGAAACAUCCUCUUUGAGGUCAUCAGAAUGUGAGGAAACCAAUAUGCCUACUGUCCACAAUCUUGUUCCUAUCAUCAAUGACCAGUCUCAGUACAUUUAUCAUUUAGAGGCAGAAGUCAAAUUCUGCAAGGAGGAACUGUCUGGAAUGAAAAAUAGGGUACAAGUAGUUGUGCUUGAAAAUGAAAGGCUCCAACAAGAGCUGAAAUCUCGAGGACAAGAAGAAAUGAGGGAACAAACACUUCUGGAUGAAUCUGGAAACAUGCAGAAUUCUUGGAUUACAACAGGUGACGACUAUAGGGUGGAUGAAGCUGCAAAGAGAUCAUUUUCAUGUGGCAAUGCCAAUACUGUCAAAGUGGCUUCUGCUGGUGAGGCUGAGAAAUGGAAGCUAGAACUGGAGAGACUAAAACUUACUUAUGAGGAAAAGAGUGAAAUCCUGGAAUCUCAAUUGACUUUUUUGAGGAAAGACUUAGCUGAAUAUCAGAAAAACUGUGAAGAUCUUAAAGAGCGACUAAAGCAUAAAGAGUCUCUUCUUGCUGCUAAUAUUUCUAACCGUGUUGGUGGUCUUUGUUUGAAAUGUGCUCAGCAUGAAGCUGUUCUUUCCCAAACCCAUAAUAAUGUUCACAUACAAACCAUUGAAAGACUGACCAAAGAAAGAGAUGACUUAAUGUCUGUGCUAGUUUCCGUGAGGAGCAGCUUGACAGAGGUGCAGCAAAGAGAAGCAAGUGCUUAUGAGCAGGUGAAACAAGCUGUGAAAAUGACUGAGGAAGCCAGUUUUGAAAAAACUAAGGCUUUGAUCCAAUGCGAACAGUUGAAAAAUGAGCUGGAGAGGCAGGCAGACCGACUUGAGAAAGAACUUGCAUCUCAGCAAGAAAAAAGAGCCUUUGAGAAAGAGAUGUUGAAAAAAGAAAUAACAAAAGAAAGAGAAGACAUGGGCUCAAAGAUGUUGACCCUAUCUCAGAAUAUUGCCCAACUGGAGGCUGAGGUGGAAAAGGUUACAAGAGAGAAAAUUUCAGCUGUUCAUCAACUCGAGGAAAUUCAAAACCAGCUUGCUUCCCGGGAAAUGGAUGUCACAAAGGUGUGUGGAGAAAUGCGCUAUCAAUUGAAUAAAACCAAAAUGGAGAAGGAUGAGGCUGAAAAGGAGCACAGAGAGUACAGAACAAAAACUAAAAGGGAUCUUGAAAUUAAAGAUCAGGAAAUAGAGAAAUUGAGUUUAGAACUGAGUGAAAGCAAGCAGCGCUUGGAACAGCAGCAGGAGAAGGCAACCCGGGCCAGAGAGGAGUGCCUGAAACUGACAGAACUGCUGGGCGAAUCCAACCACCAACUGCACCUCACCAGAGAGUUAGUUUCUGAAGUCAAAGCCAUAGAGAGUUCUCCUGUGCUCUAUCAAUUUGUACUGUCUGACGAGAUCCAUUUCUUGCAAGUGGAGCAUAUUAAGAUGCAGCAACCGCUGAAAAUGGACUGGUGGUAACUAAUUCCUUUGUUCUUAAGAAAAACGGUUUUGCUUGGUUCCAUAGAAAGCUUUUUCUAUUGAGCUUUAUUUACUCCAAGUCUACAGAAAUUUAUAGAAAAUAAAGCUUAAUUAUCUAUUUUCUAAAUGCAGUACUCUUUUGUAAGCAUUUUACACUUAGUCUAUGUUCAUGUUUUAUAAAAUCCACAUUCAUAAAUUUAAAGAUGACAAUAAAAAUGAAAGGAACUGUAUAUAUCUCUGUUUUGCACAGAAAAUGACUUGCUUGUUGGACUAAAUAAUUCUGACACACUAUUUGGGUUUUUUUUAGCAUUUCCUUCCCUUCACCAUUCUUUAUUGAUUUAUAUACUCAAGUGUGUGGCUGAGAAAUUUCAUAUAUGUGUUUUUAGCUGAAAUAAAUAAAUCUCACCCAGGUAACACUUCAUUUAGCCUUAACUUAAAUAUUUUGAGUGUCAUAUUCUAAGCAAAGUUUAAAAUUAAAUAUGAAAAAGAUGCUAUAAAACAGUGAUUAAAAUAAGGAUUUCAAAUCUUCUAGGGCAAAUAAAAUUUUUAAAUGAAUAAAAAUUUAUAGGUCAACCUGUCACUUCUUUUGGGAUUUCCCUUUAUUAUCUAACUGGACUUAAAAAUGAAAAAUAGAAAUUCAACAUUUUUUGAAGGACUCAAUUAGUAAAAUUACCAUUCAGUUAUUUAAUGAGUAUUUAUUGAGCACCUACUAUCUUUUACAUACAUUGGUUGGCCCUGGACAUAGAGAGAAAAAAAAAACUCAGUUCCUAUCCUUAGGUUGUUCACAUUCUACAAAGGAGCCAGAUCCAUAUAUGCAAUUACAAUAGAGUGUGAUGACACUGUAAUGAGAGAAAUUAAGAUUGCCACAGACGCACAUAGGAAAGAGAACCGUCUCAUUCUAUUAAGUGGAGGUGAAGGAGAUAGGGAAAGCUUUCUGAGUUCAUGAAAAAGAGUCCUCAAAGUAGAGAAAGGUGGGGCAAACACCGCAAGUAGAGGGAACAAUAUAUGCAAAGAUGUAAAGUUGGGAGAGAAUAUAGACUCUACAGUUACUUUAGGUGUUUGGCAAGAGAGGGAGAGGGACCAGAAGAAGGGUCUUGUGGGCCAUAUUCUGGAAUUUUGGCCAUUCUGAGAAUAAGGGAUUACUCUUAAUGUAAAGUUUAAAUCAGGGCUUCUAACAUGAUCAACUUUUGGGGUUAGGAUCCCGACUCAGACAGCUGUGUAGAGUGACCUUGGAGAGUUGAUGUAGGAGAUAAGAAAACCAGUUAGGACAGAGUUGGUAACUACAGCCCAUAGGCCAAAUCUGGUGCAUCAUCUGUUUCUAAAGUGAUCCAUGAACUAAGAAUUUUUUCUUUUUAUGUAAAAAUUAGCCU